AGAGAGAGAGAGAGAGAGAGAGAGAGAGAGGAGAUGGAGUUCGUAGAUGAUAAAGGAGAAGUCGCCACGGCCGGUCGUCACCACCACCAUCGCCAUCUCUCCCAUCCCCAAUCGCUCGUUACCAUCGCCAUCUCUCCCAUCCCCAAUCGCUCGUUACCAUCGCCAUCUCUCCCAUCCCCAAUCGCUCGUUACCAUCGCCAUCUCUCCCAUCCCCAAUCGCUCGUUACCAUCACCACCAUCAUCAUCUCUCCCAUCCCCAAUCGCUCUUCACCACCACCAUCGCUUCUCAGAUCCGUCUUCACCACCGUCACGCUCGUCAUAACCACCACUGUUCACUUCUCGGUCUCUCACUCUAUGUCUCUGGUGGAGCAUACAGGACCAAGAGGGAUGACUCUGCCAAAACUAUGUCCUAGCGUUUGCAAGGUGGUGGUCGUGACUCGUGAGCAAGAGCUGAUGUUGUGCAGAGGAGAUGUCUCGAACUUGUCUCCGUCUAGACUCACACGAAUGUUGCAGUCUCUCACUGGAAUUGCCAAGUGCAGCCUUUGAAGGAUUAUACAGAUAAAACAUUGCUCUACGGCAGACUUGAAGACAAUCAUGCUUAAGUAUGGGUGUUGAGAUAAGUUAUCUUGUUCGUUGAUCUUGUACUGAUUGGUUCCCGUCUUAAGCAUAAGUGUAUAUCCUCAAAUCAUUGUAUUUAGCAACACUUGUUCUGUGUGCUUUUCAGAUACUAGGGAAGCUUGAAGAAGGUGGAAGAGACAGAUGAACCUCGAGGAAGGUUGAAGUGAAACAACGAGCUUGAGGAAGGCGGCGGCUUAGGUUUAGUUUUUAGGUUAAUAUGUUUUAAUUAGUUUUUGUUUAAUAUGUACUUGUUUAGUUUUGUAAAA